AUGGCUGAAAUUACCCGUCUUAAAGAUGUUUCCAAUAGGGUUGAUUCCCUGCAACAGGACCUCAAUCAUAGAGUUGAUGCAUUACAUCAACGUUUUGAUGCUGCGGAAUUAUUACGUGAACGCCAGUAUUUGAAUCUUCAGGAAUUACAAACAAAUUUACAAGAAUCCAAUGCUCUUUUACAUCAGGAUUUGACGCGGCUCAUUGCACUUCAGCAACAACAUUCCCCAACGCACACCAAUAAUGCCAAUAUGAGUAUUCUGGGUGCUGGCCCAAAUCACAACGCCAAUCAUGCUGGAUCUGACUCUAACCGAGCUCGCACUGUUAAGCUCGAUUUCCCCAAAUUUUCAUCCGGAGAUCCUACUUCCUGGGUUACUGCAGCUGUCAGGUACUUUUGUUUUUACAACAUUCCUCCUCUGGAGCGCGUCCUUUUAGCUGCUAUUAAUUUGUUCGAUCCUGUUUCUUGUUGGUUUAAUGGUUCAUUUCAAGAUACUUCCUUACCUGAUUGGGAUGCUUUCUGUGUGGCCUUACAAUAUCGUUUUGGCCCAUCUGAGUUUGAUGAUCCAACAGGAGCAUUAGUAAAAAUUCAACAGUCUGGCUCGGUUACUGAAUACCAGGCAGCCUUUGAAAAAUUGGUGAGCAGAGUCCCUGCAGUUUCGGAUCCCAUGCUAAGGAGCAUUUUCAUUUCAGGACUCAAACCUAAAAUCAAACGUUUAGUGCUCACACACAGACCUCAAGACUUUCAUGAGGCCUAUGCAUUGGCUCGGGUGUAUGAAGACCAUAUCCAUGAUGAGAAACCUCAAAAACCAUGGUACUCAGCCAACCGUGUAUCCACAACAAUCCCAUCCCCAUCACAUCCUAUUAACCCCAUUAUCCAAACACAUUCAGACACUGCAAAACCUUUACCUGCUCUUCCUAUUCGUAGGCUUUCUCAAGCUGAAAGACAAGAAAGAAGGGAAAAGAAUUUAUGUUACAAUUGUGAUGAAAAAUUUGUCAUGGGUCACAAAUGCAAAGGGAGAGCAACAUUACUAUACCUGGAAGGACUAGAUGAUGAUCCUAAUCCUCCGGAUGCUGUUUCAAUAGACGAAUCUUCAUUGGACUCUGAGGUGUUACCUGAGAUCAGUUUUAAUGCCUUAUUUGGCACUCACUUAUCUCGCUCAUUUCGAUUACAAGGCUCUGUUGCUGGUCAUGUGGUACAUAUACUGAUAGAUGAGGGUAGUACCCACAAUUUUAUUACACCAAGGAUGUCCCAAUUUCUCAAUUUGUUGCUGCUGUCCACUAACCCUUUUAAGGUGCAAGUGGGAAAUGUUGACACACUCAUCUUUUUGGCAGUCUGUCAGAAUAUUCUCCUCUUGAUCCAAUCUCAUCCCUUCACUGUUGAUUUAUUUUUAUUAGAGCUAAAAGGGGCGGACAUUGUUCUUGGAGUCCAAUGGCUUUCUACCUUAGGUCCUAUCCUAACUGACUAUAAAGCUCUCACCAUGACUUUUGACGUUCAAGGGACCCAAGUAUUACUCCAAGGAGAGCAUUUACUCCUGGCCCAACCUCUUUCCACAGCCCAAUUGCAUAAAUUGAUGUCCCAAGAUUCAGUGGAUUCUUACUUGAUGUGCCUCACUACUCAAGCUUCGGAUAUUACAAAUUCUGACACCACUUCACAAUCUUCUGAAGUCCUACAGCUCUUGGAUACAUUCCAGGAUAUAUUUACUCAGCCCACAUCCCUUCCACCAACCAGACACAUUGGUCACCAUAUUCUCCUUCAGCCAGAUUCAAAGGCCGUGCAAGUACGUCCUUAUCGUUACCCACACUUCCAAAAGAAUGAGAUUGAGAAGUUGGUUAAUGAGAUGCUGCAACUUGGUCAAAUUCGCCACAGCCAGUCACCUUUCAGCUCUCCCGUGUUAUUGGUGAAGAAAAAGGAUGGUACUUAG